AUGGCGAAGGAGGUUCUGAAAACUCACGACCAAGUCUUUGCAGGGUGGCCAAUCAUGGCGUUCGCCAGGGCACACGAUCAGGACAAGUCCAUCAUGUCGCUUAUGGAAUAUGGUACUCGCUGGCGCAGGCUUAGGCGCAUCGCCACCACAGAGCUCUUCAGUUCCAAACUUCCAAGAGACUUCAAUCUCUGCAACACCUCAGGAGAGACGAGUGAGAGGGUCUUUGAUCCACGCAAUCCGGCUUCUGUGGAGUUCAAGGAUACGAUAUGGACACUGUUGAAGCUCGGUGGUGCAUCCAAUUUGGCCAACUUUUUCCCCUUUCUUGCAUUCCUCGAUCCUCAGCGUAUUUUGAGUCGAACUGUUACUCUGUUGCAGAAGAUGUAUGACUUUUUUUAUGUCUUCAUUAAGGAUCGUCUCGCCUCACGAAGGAAGUCAGGCCUGGAACAGAGUGAUUGUGGAAAGGAUUUUCUGGACGUUCUGCUUGACAACAGAAGCGAGGAUUUCACUCUCAAGGAUAUUAGACUUUUCAUAACAGUAAGUCUAGAAAAGAUAUACAAGUAUUCAGUUGUAGGAUCUGCUUAUCCUUCUUUCUUAGCUUAUGUUGUUUCUGAUAAAAAUGAAAUCUUCACAGUCCGUGAUAUGAUUGAGAUGUUUCUGAAAAAACUUGAACUGUUUAUGGCCGGUAGUGACACCAUAGCUACCACAAUAGAAUGGGCAAUGGCAGAACUCCUUCACAGUCCCCAAACAAUGAAGCGAGUCCAGGCAGAAUUAAAAGAGAUCAUUGGUCUCAACCGACAUGUCGAAGAAUCUGACAUAGACCAACUUCCUUAUUUUCAUGCAGUAGUGAAAGAAGUGUUGAGAAUGCAUCCAGCAGCGCCUCUCCUGAUCUGCCACAGAGCUGAAAGCAGGUGUAAAGUUGCAGGAUUUGUGAUACCCAAACACACGCAGGUGAUCAUGAACGUGUGGAGAAUUGGAAGAGACCCUGCAGUAUGGAAAGAGCCCUCCAUAUUUAGUCCAGAAAGACUUUUGGAGGGCAGAAGAAUAUGUGUGGGGCUUCCAUUAGCAAGUCAAAUGGUUCACUUGGUUUUGGCUUCUCUACUUCAUUCAUUCGAGUGGGCACUUCCUCAUGGAAUGUCUGUAGAGCAGCUGGACAUGACCGAUGAGUUUGGAUUGACAUUGAAGAACGCCGUACACUUGGAAGCAAUCUUCACAUUGCGCUUACCACAUGAAAUAUAUUAA